UGUGGCUGUGCGCAGGAAUUUUGCGAUGUGGACGAUACUGGUGACAGCAUCCAUAGCUAUCACAGCUUUCCCGUGGAACCCGACAACGUGUUUGACGGGCGCCACAGAAGCCUUACACAGCAGGACAUAGUAACGGAUUCUAGCGCAAGCACUUUGUUGAAUAUAACUGGACAUUGCAUCAUGGCUCGAGCUUAGAAUCGAGUGUACCUAACGAUGUCAAAAAAUCUUUUAACGGUUCUUCGCUCGUAUUCUUGCUUGCGUGAGUUACCAAGCAAUGUGCUGUAGUUACAAGAUAGAAACUGAUACUGAUGUUAGUUAUGACACUAAGUUUGAUUCAUGACGUGCUGUAGAAGUUUACGUUAACGGCAUGUUUAUUACAAUUCUAAAGAAUAUGAGUAAAACUAGAAGCCAGUUAGCACCUCUCUAUUACCAACAUCAUUUAGGUUGCAAAACUUUCAAUGCUAGCUGGAUCCCAGUUGAACUUUAUACCUGUAUUUUUCUGGUUUCUUUUUAACAGAGGAAGCACAUGGUUGUCAUCGGAGGGGACACAACCAAGCAAAAACAAGAAAACGACACGCGUGCUACAGUCAUUCCUGAGCUGGAAUGCUACAAUCAACUUGAGCUGGUUUGGCGCGAUCCUGAGCAGCCAGAACCUGGCGUACGCCGGCAGCAAGUUCCUGUUCGGCGUGCUGUCGGACCGCGUCAGCUCCCGCCUGAUGUUCGCCACCGGCCUGCUGCUGUCGGCCGUGUUCACCAUCGUGCUGGCCGCGGCGGCCUCCGUGUCCGCCGAAGUUUUUGCGGUGCUCUGGUUCCUCAACGGAUGCGUGCAGGGCUGCGGCUGGCCCUCGCUCAUCAAGGUCCUCCAGCAGGUCAGCAUUCUUUGAUCCGCACUGCGGCAGCAGUGUACUUGUGGCCCCGGAAAGCUUCCGGUAGCGCAUUUUCGACGCCCAAGUUUGCCAGGAUAACUGAAGUAUUUUGACCCAUAAUCAACUGCAGCCAAAUGUUCCGAAUGUGUUCGAAUAUGAGGAACAGGCUUGGUGCAUUGAGUUCACGUAUGUAUGGCUUUCUUGUGCGUUUAUCUAUCAGUGUCCUAACUGCGUAGCGAUGUCAGUGCCAGGCUGGGGUGUCCUACAUAUCUACAGGCUAUUGUAAAUUAUAUUUUACUAUUUACGCACUAAUUUUAGCGCGAUUUUCCAGGGGGUGAAAUUGGAAGGCACUUCCGCGGAAAUAUGCUAGGUGGAGGAAGUGGAAGCUUCGCAUUGGCAAAAAGAAAAAAAAAGAAAAAUGGUCCUGGUCCGCGGACUGAGCCCCCAUUGCCGCUCGGCUUCCUUACCGAAUAGAGAAACCUACGUUCCCCGGAAGUUAACAAUUAUAAAGUUAGUGACAAUUUCGUUAAUUAGCUAACAUGCUACUGCGAUAUGUUGGGAAAGUAAUAUUGGCUCCUUCUAGUAACCUAACUGAUGGGCUAUUUGACGGAGGCAACUUCUAAUAAGUCUGCUUACCCGAAAAAAAAAAUAAUAAUCAUACGCGUCCUGAAUAAUCUACACUUUCAGAAAAGCUUGCAUCCUUUGGGGCUUAUCUUGUUUCCAAACAAUAAUCGCAAUCUUGCGUACGUUCCAUUUUUUUUUUCUUUUGACGUUGGAAUUGAUAUUUCCAGGUCACGAGGGCACGCGGUUUAUCAGCGUGGCACAACGUUCUUGACAGUAAAGUAGGAAAAGCAGAGUUUUCCAAAAUAUUGGGCAUAAACCAUUUGACGAUGAUAGUCAAUGAAAGCGAAUAGAACGAACGAACGAACGAACCAACGAACGUUUUCCUUGCAGAGUCCGAUCAUCGACCAUCACAGACAUCCGAGAAACCACGGAAACAGCUGAAAGAGCCACUGAAAGCUAUUUUCUUUUAAAGGAAAUGCAAGCAAGACAGAUGAAAUAUUGUUUGAGGACACGAUAUGCACCAAAGGGUGUACAUUUUUUUUUUAACUCUAUACGUCACCUCACCAACUCUGUGCAGUGCAGCUAAAUCUGUAUGGGUCGCGUCAGCCAACCAGAAAAGUGAAUCAGAAGGCUGGAUUUUCAAGUGGCCGCCUUUGAUCGCCUAAACAAUGCUACACCGACUGGAUGGAAGCUCCACGGAAGGAUUAUUAGCGUACAAUUAAUGGGCGAUUGCUCUAGCCCUUUCUCAAAACACGCAGUUGGCUCUCGUUACUCACUGGCUGACACGACUCCUAGCCAGCGCUGCACUUCACCGAAUUGGUCUCACUUUUGUUUCUUGCUGCGUAUUCGACCCUGUAGCGGUAAAUAUGUCCCUUAGCGAUAAUGUCAUCUUUUUUCCUCGCAGUGGUUUUUACAAGCACAGUUUGGAACGUUGUACGGUGUGCUGUCAGCUUCAGCCAACAUUUCGCUGAGUGUAGCCCCGUUCCUGUCUUCGUAUCUGAUGCUCACUUACAACUGGCGAGUAAGCGUCGGGUUCACGGAUGCCGCGCUGAAAACCACAACGACCAGGGAGCAGCAGGAAGAGGAACUCACCUGCUCCGCGGCGACCCCUGUGAACCUGCUGAGCAGCCCGUUUAUCUGGCUGCUGUCGGCGUCGUACCUGACCUUGUUCUUCGCUCGCACUGGUGCCGCCGAUUGGGGCCAGAUCUACAUCAUCGAGGACCUCAAGCAGACCCAGUUUGCCGCCAAUUCCUUCAUGAGCUGCAUCGAAGGUGGCGGUUUUCUGGGUGGCAUCCUGGCCGGUUACAUAACGGACUGGAUGAUCAUCUGGCACACCAACAAGGGUGGAACUUGCGGAGCGAACCCCAGGGUUCCCGUGUCGGUUGUUCUAACGGCUGGCGCUGCGGUGGCCUUCCACGUAUUCAGCUACAGCAUCACGGAACACUCGUCGGAGCUGCUGAUCGGCGUCAUCGGUCUCGCCUUGGGCGGCUGCCUGUACGGAGCCAUGGCCAUCUUCGGCGUGGUGGCCUCAGAAUGCGUGCCUGCGCACCUGUCGGGCACGUCGCACGCCAUCGUGGCCUUCGGUGGAAGCCUGGGCGGCGUCAUAUCGGGCUUCCCGCUCAGCCUGGUGGCCGAGCACUACAGCUGGUCGGCCGUGUUCCUGCUCCUGGAGAUCAUCAGCUUCCUCACGGCGUUCGCGCUGUUCGCCGGCAUGAACUUUGACUCGAGGGUGAGGGCGCCCGCCGCCAAGAAGGACGUCGCCGUCGUCGUCGUCGCCGUGCCGGUCCCCGCACUCGUGGACGCCGAUAGGCCCGACACUCUGCCGACGGAGAAGCAACCGUCCGCACUAGACGAGCCGUCUUAAAUUCCGGGAGGAGACUUAUUUCGAUUUCUUUAUCAAUCAGUUGUUUCUUCACUUCAUAGCGCGCAACCGUGACUGGGAAAUUUAGUGUCUCAAUGGAAAAAUAAAUAUUUAAAUGCGAUGA